GUGGCUCUGUGGCCGCCGGCUCGGCGCGGCUCCUGUCGCGCCCUGUCGCGAUUUGUCGCGCUGUGUCGCGCCGGGCCCGCGGCUCCAGGCCCGCCCAUGGAGGCCGCGCCGCGGUUGAUGCCCGGGGCGGCCCUGCCGGGGUCUCUUCCGCCAGCACCUCCCCCCGCUGCCGCCGCCAGCGGCGGGGACCCGCCGCCCUCAGGGCCGCCCUCAGGGCCGGCAGCGGGGCCAGCGCAGCGCGACACCGGCGAUGUCCUGCAGCAGAUCAUGGCCAUCACCGACCAGAGCUUGGAUGAGGCCCAGGCCAGGAAGCAUGCCCUGAACUGCCACAGGAUGAAGCCGGCUCUGUUCAGCGUCCUCUGUGAAAUCAAGGAAAAAACAGCCCUCACGGUGCGCGGCCCUGCGGAGGCGGAGCCUCCUGACGCGCAGCUGCUGCGCCUGGACAACAUGCUGAGGGCUGAGGGCGUGGCCGAUCCCGGAAAAUUAGGAGAAGGAGCCGGAAAAACCCCAGAAGGACUCGGAAAUGUGGGUGUGGAGGCCGGGGCGGAGCACUCGGAUUACCGCGCCAAACUGGCCCAGAUCCGGCACAUCUUCCACGCCGAGCUGGACAAGUACGAGCAGGCGUGCAGCGAGUUCACGACGCACGUGCUGAACCUGCUGCGGGAGCAGAGCCGCACGCGGCCGAUCGCGCCGCGCGAGAUCGAGCGCAUGGUGGGCGUCAUCCACGGCAAGUUCAGCUCCAUCCAGCUGCAGCUCAAGCAGAGCACCUGCGAGGCCGUCAUGAUCCUCAGGUCCCGCUUCCUCGACGCCAGGCGGAAGCGGCGCAAUUUCAGCAAGCAGGCCACCGAGGUGCUGAACGAGUAUUUCUAUUCCCACCUGAGCAACCCCUACCCCAGCGAGGAGGCCAAGGAGGAGCUGGCGCGCAGGGGCGGCAUCAGCGUCUCCCAGGUCUCCAACUGGUUCGGGAACAAGCGCAUCCGCUACAAGAAGAACAUGGGCCGCUUCCAGGAGGAGGCCGAGGCCUACAGGGGCCGGCGGGGCCCCUCCCCCCCCUCCCCCGGCUCAGCCUCCUCUGGGUCUUUUAAGAUGACAAAUUCUGGGGAUUCCUUCCUCAACCUGCAGCCCUUGAGUUCCUACCAGAGCCCUCCCAACGUGCAGAACCAGCUGGAUUUCCUGCAGCAGCCGGGGAGGUUGGAGCCCCUCGUGGGGAGCCCUUUGUUCUCCACGCAGCGCCUCGAGGCCAAUGGCAGCUGGCCGGACGCCGCCACCCCCUCGUCCAUCACCGACCCGGGCAGCGACGCCUCCAAUUAAAGAAUUUUUAAUUCCAAGGACCUUUUUGAGAGGAGAGAGGUCAAUUAACGCUAAUUAAUCACGGGCCGAUAGAAUGAUUGACUUACAAUUAAUGAAUUACCUCAGAACAAGCCAAUAGAUUGUGAUGGCAGCGACACCUCUACCUCUCAAUUAUUUAUAACUUCAUUUUGCCUCAGAAAAUUCCAUUUUUUUAAGGAAAAAACUUUGGAUUUUACACAAAGAACCUGAAGAAGAAGGAAAUGAAAAAAGUCUUGGCGUUUGUCUCCAGUUUUACAGCGGAAAAAAUGGAUUUAUUUUCGUUUUUGUCUGGUUUUUUACGCUGGGAUUUCUGUUCUAGGUGCGUUAAACCCCUCAUGUUGUAAUUGGAUGUUCUCUGUAUUGGAAUUUUCUAUAGGGAAUUCUAUAGGAAAUUCUAUGGGAAAAUCUACAGGAAAUUUCUAUAGGAAAUUCUAUGGGAAACUUCUAUAGGAAAUUUUUCUUAAUUAAUUGAGCUAAUUAAUGGAAAAUUUGCUUUACCAAACUUCUCACUGGACGUUGCUUGCAGGCCGGACCUUCCACUGGUAUCAUUCCAAGGGAUUUCAUAUCGGGAAAUUCCACGGGUUCACUUUUUCUGCUGAAAAAGUCCAAAAAUAAAAUAAAAACCCACAAAUUUACCACAAAACAGCCGAACCACGGAAUUUCCCCAUGGGAAUUCGAGGGCAUUUGUGCUGUUCUGGUGCUGUUCUCAGAGUCCGCCCCUUUCAGUUGAGAUUUUAUCAAAGAAAAUAAAUUUCCAA